CCCUAACUGUUGACCACUGUCACGAUUUGUCUGGGAAACUAAGUGAGAGUUUGUUUACGUUGGAGAAAAGCAGUUGGAGGAUUGCAACGUUACCGCUCGUUUUAAACAGUUGAUUUGUCCGGCUUUGAGCAAUGGCAUCCAGCUUUAGGAAAAAUAACAUAGGAUCUUCACAGCGCAAAAAAUCUGGGCCAAAACCUGAUCUUACAGAAGAACAAAAGCAAGAAAUCAGAGAAGCUUUUGAUUUGUUUGACACUGAUGGCACAGGAACUAUUGAUGUAAAAGAAAUCAAGGUUGCCAUGCGUGCUUUAGGGUUUGAACCUAAAAAAGAAGAAAUAAGAAAGAUGAUUUCGGACAUUGACAAAGAAGGAUCUGGUAGCAUCGAUUUCAAUGACUUUCUAGCAAUGAUGACUCAGAAAAUGAGUGAGAAAGACUCCAAAGAAGAAAUUUUGAAAGCUUUUCGGUUGUUUGAUGAUGAUGGUACAGGAAAGAUAUCAUUCAAAAAUCUGAAGAGGGUUGCUAAAGAAUUGGGUGAAAAUCUGACUGAUGAAGAAUUGCAGGAAAUGAUAGAUGAAGCUGACCGUGAUGGUGAUGGUGAGAUAAAUGAACAGGAAUUUUUGCGGAUUAUGAAAAAGACAAGCCUCUAUUAAUUUCUAUGAUAUUGUCCUACUGUCCUUAAGUAGUACUAGUUUUGACUUGUUUUUAUUUAAGUAAUAAAGAAAGAAGAAGAGCCAUUGAGGUUUGAUAUAUUUGAUAUAUUUGUGCUCAGUAUCAUUUAUUUAAUGUAAACCCCAAAAAUAUAAAUUCCAAGCAAUAUGAUUCUUCACUUAUAUCAAUAGUUUAUUCUUGAACCCCUUCCAUAGAAAUAUAUUUGUUUUCAUACUUGAACACUCUGCUUUCCUUAGGAGAUAUGUAAUUCUGUUUUUUCAGUAUUUUAACCAAAUUCUGAAGUAGCAGUUAUAACUUUACAGUUACAUUCCCAAUUAUUGCAUUCAAUUUCUAUUUAUAGAGCAUGUGCCUUGAGAUGCUAUGAAAGAAUGGUUCCAUUAAAAAUGGUGAAUAAAAAUAACAUUUAUUGCAAUACAGUAGUAAAGUAUUUGAGCUAAAACAAUGUGUAUCAUAUCCAGUUAAAACUGAUGCCUUUAAGACAAGUUAACAUUUGUAAAUAUUUGAAAUCACUUGUUUUCCAGUGGUAUGUUCAUUCCUGUUUCUACUUAAAUUGUUAUUACUCUCUGUGAGUUGGGUCCAAUUUUUCUUUAAUAAAUCAACUAUAUGUCCCAUAGUCGGUAUUUUCUCUAAAAUUACUGGGCAAUUUUGGAGUAAAUUUAGUAUGGAAGCAUUUUUCAACAAUUUUUUUUAGUUUUAACUUUUGAAUAUUGAGGAGUAAUAAACUUCUAUUGGAGCCAUUUUUGGGGGGGAAACGGGCAUCAAUGUCACAUUUCUUCUUGCGCUUAUUAAUAAAAUGAUAUGUUCAUA